AUGAGCCUGUCCCCCUUAUGUCUGGUUUGCGGGGUGGCCGAGUCAGUGGAUCAUGUACUAUUCCACUGCGAGAGGGCGAGAGGUGUAUGGAGGUUGACUGAGAUCCAGGGGGACGCCUGGAGCAGUAGGGUUAUUUUUCUGGAGAUAGUUCGACAUUGGGCUGGUGAUCCUCACAUGCGGAGAUCAGCCAUUAGGGCGUCUUGUACAGCAUAUCAGAUAUGGCUGGCCAGGAACGCCCGGGUGUUUGGGGAGCGGCGGCUAUCCCAGCGUUUUGUGAUGGAGCGGGCCUGUGCCCAAGCUGAUGAGAUUAUCCAUGUAGAGUCUGCUCAUAGACCUUUGAUAGCUCGGGACACCUGGGGCUCCCACAUUGCUUCGGCAGCUCCGCAUCGGGUAUUCUUUACCUGGGAGCCCCCACCCCCGAGUUUCCUCAAGGUUAAUUUCGAUGGCUCUGUCUUGGACGGUGGCAGGAGGGGAGGGGCCGGAUUUAUUGUCAGGGGCCCCGGCGCUGAUGCGAUGGCAGCUGGAGGCUGUCAGAUUUUUGAUACUUCGGUUCCAGGGGCGGAGCUGCACGCGGCCUGGAUGGGUCUGUCCUAUGCGCGGCGGGUGCUCCACGCGAGCUCGAUCCUGCUCGAGGGUGACUCAGCUACGGUGGUCAGCUGGAUCCGCAGGGGUCCGAGCUGCCAUGGUGGUGCCCACCCCUUACUUCGUGACAUUUGGAUGAUGGCGAGGGAGGAGGUUACAUUACAGGCUAUGCAUGUGUAUCGGGAGGCUAAUGGGGUAGCCGACUGGGUGGCAUCGUAUGUAGCGUGCCACUCGGGAGGUACCCUAUGGGCUGGGGAGAGAGAUAUGCCCGGAGCACUUCGGGACCUUUUGUAUUCUGACUCUAUAGGGUGUAUUCGUACCCGCUAUGUAUGA